AUGUGUCUCGUCAAAGUGCGACAGGAUGAGGAUGUAGUCGUACCGUACCGUGUACCGCGCGACCGCUCUCCGCGUCGGCGUGAAUCUGUGCGCCGUGUUUCGCGCAUGUCGCAGGAGGUAGUGCGCGAGUCGCCUCGCUCCAGCUACCUCGCAGUACCUGCACCCAGGCCGAUGCCCAUUCCCGCUCCCCAGCCUGUGCCAGUUUUCGUGGAGCCGCCUCCCGCCCCGCUCCCACCUCCGCCGCCUUCGCUAUCGCACCACUCGGCGCACUACGUCGAGGUGUCGCCAGCUCGGUCCAGUCGCUCCAGCGUGUCUAGCUCCAGUAUGGACCGCAGCGAAUACGUGGUGCGGGAGCGGCAGUACAGGCGGCGAGAGCACAGUCCAGCAAGCAGCAGCCCGCGCUACGAGCACUUCCGGUACGUCGAGCCGCCACCUAGCGACAGCGACCACUUCGAGCGGUACGACCGUCGACGGAGCCGGAGCAGGCCGCGGGAGAGAAGCCUGAGCCGUGGACGAGGAGAUUACUACGGCAGAGGCAGCAGGGACUACGGAGGGGAGCGGGUGACGCGCGAGAGAAUCACCAUCUCUGAGAGGGAGCGGGACGGGAGGCGGGGUGAAUACCGCAGAUAG